AUGCCCAGCGGUGAGGUGUUUGGGGACCAUGGAACCACUCAAGACCAGAAGAUGGAGCCACUGACGACCAGCAGUGAGGUGCUGAGGACCAUGGAGCCACUGACGACCAGCAGUGAGGUGCCUAGGACCAUGGAGCCACUCACGACUAGCAGUGAGGUGCCUAGGACCAUGGAGCCACUCACGACCAGCAGUGAGGAGUUGGGGACCAUGGAGCCACUCACGACUAGCAGUGAGGUGCCUAGGACCAUGGAGCCACUCACGACUAGCAGUGAGGUGCCUAGGACCAUGGAGCCACUCACGACUAGCAGUGAGGAGUUGGGGACCAUGGAGCCACUCACGACUAGCAGUGAGGUGCCUAGGACCAUGGAGCCACUCACGACUAGCAGUGAGGUGCCUAGGACCAUGGAGCCACUCACGACCAGCAUUGAGGAGUUGGGGACCAUGGAGCCACUCACGACCAGCAGUGAGGUGCCUAGGACCAUGGAGCCACUCACGACUAGCAGUGAGGUGCCUAGGACCAUGGAGCCACUCACGACUAGCAGUGAGGUGCCUAGGACCAUGGAGCCACUCACGACUAGCAGUGAGGUGCUGAGGACCAUGGAGCCACUCACGACUAGCAGUGAGGUGCUGAGGACCAUGGAGCCACUCACGACCAGCAGUGAGGUGCUGGGGACCAUGGAGCCACUCACGACUAGCAGUGAGUUGCUGAGGACCAUGGAGCCACUCACGACCAGCAGUGAGGUGCCUAGGACCAUGGAGCCACUCACGACUAGCAGUGAGGUGCUGGGGACCAUGGAGCCACUCACGACUAGCAGUGAGGUGCUGAGGACCAUGGAGCCACUCACGACCAGCAGUGAGGUGCCUAGGACCAUGGAGCCACUCACGACUAGCCUUGAGGUGCUGGGGACCAUGGAGCCACUCACGACUAGCCUUGAGGAGUUGGGGACCAUGGAGCCACUCACGACCAGCAGUGAGGUGCCUAGGACCAUGGAGCCACUCACGACUAGCAGUGAGGUGCUGGGGACCAUGGAGCCACUCACGACCAGCAGUGAGGCGCCUAGGACCAUGGAGCCACUCACGACUAGCAGUGAGGUGCUGGGGACCAUGGAGCCACUCACGACUAGCAGUGAGGUGCUGAGGACCAUGGAGCCACUCACGACCAGCAGUGAGGUGCCUAGGACCAUGGAGCCACUCACGACCAGCAGUGAGGCGCCUAGGACCAUGGAGCCACUCAGGACCAGCAGUGAGGUGCCUAGGACCAUGGAGCCACUCACGACUAGCCUUGAGGUGCUGGGGACCAUGGAGCCACUCACGACUAGCCUUGAGGAGUUGGGGACCAUGGAGCCACUCACGACCAGCAGUGAGGUGCCUAGGACCAUGGAGCCACUCACGACUAGCCUUGAGGUGCUGGGGACCAUGGAGCCACUCAGGACCAGCAGUGAGGUGCCUAGGACCAUGGAGCCACUCACGACUAGCAGUGAGGUGCUGGGGACCAUGGAGCCACUCACGACCAGCAGUGAGGCGCCUAGGACCAUGGAGCCACUCACGACUAGCAGUGAGGCGCCUAGGACCAUGGAGCCACUCACGACUAGCCUUGAGGUGCUGGGGACCAUGGAGCCACUCACGACUAGCCUUGAGGAGUUGGGGACCAUGGAGCCACUGACGACCAGCAGUGAGGAGUUGGGGACCAUGGAGCCACUGACGACCAGCAGUGAGGUGCUGAGGACCAAGGAGACACUCACGACUAGCAGUGAGGUGCUGAGGACCAUGGAUCCACUCACGACCAGAAGUGAGAUGCCUAGGACCAUGGGGCCACUCACGACUAGCAGUGAGGUGCUGAGGACCAUGGAGCCACUCAUGACUAGACCAUGGAGCCACUCACGGCCAGCAGUGGGGUGCCGGGGACCAAGGAGCCACUCACGACCAGAAGAUGGAACCACUCAGACUGGCAGUGGGGUGCUGGGGACCACGAUAAUACCUGAUAAGCGAUGA